AUGGCGUCACAGACUGCUACACCGUCCCAACCGACCGGAAAGGUUGAUCUGUCGAAGAAAUUAUCUGAAUUGCGGUCAAAUAAUCGCAGACCGCAGACCAACUCCCGAGAUCCGACACCAAUCACUCCUCCCCUCCCUUCGCCGCCAGACCUCUCGGCUCACGCAUACCGCAAACCAAUCCGCCGAAUCCUCUCCCACAAGGACCACGAACUCUUCCUCUCCUCUCCAACUUACAAGCUUGUUCUCGCUUUUGUUUUCGGGCUUUCCGACUCCGUGCGAGGCCAUUCGGUCACCGACCUUCAGAAGAAGGCUGAAACCGAACCCAUCUCCAAGGUCCUUUCGGUCGUGAAUCAGAUUCGGGUGCUUCUGGCCAAAAACCCUCCAAUCGACCAAGGCGGAUCUCGCUUCGGCAAUCCCGCCUUCCGUCAACUCUGCGACGAUGUGAAAGCUCAAAGCGCAUCAUGGCACACCGAUAUUUUAGGACUGAAGGACACCGCCGCAACUGAAGAAGUAUCAACAUACCUGAUCAACUGUCUAGGGUCGCAAGAACGUAUUGAUUAUGGCUCUGGACACGAACUUAAUUUCAUGAUGUGGCUCCUCUGUCUAUACCAGCUUGGCCUCAUCUCUACCACGGAUUUCCCCGCUGUGGUGGUCAAGGUUUACAUUGAGUACAUGCAUCUGAUGCGUGAAAUUCAAGAGGCAUACUAUCUUGAGCCGGCUGGGUCACAUGGUGUCUGGGGUCUGGACGACUACCACUUUUUGCCAUUCUUAUUCGGUGCGAGUCAGCUCGUGAGCCAUCCUUACAUCACCCCACUGGGAAUUCACAACACAGCGACUCUGGAUGAGGAGGGAGAUAACUAUCUUUACUUGGAUCAGGUUCGCUGGGUAGACAGUGUGAAGACAGUCAAGGGUCUGCGCUGGCACAGUCCCAUGCUGGAUGAUAUCUCUGGCUCCAAGAACUGGAUAAAGGUUGAGAGUGGCAUGAAGAAGAUGUUCGUCAAGGAAGUUCUGGGUAAACUUCCUAUCAUGCAGCACUUCCUGUUCGGAAGCCUCUUGUCUGCCGCCGAAGGCAUGAGUGAUCCCUCAGAAGGCGAUGUUGGAGAGCAUGACGGACAUGACCAUGCCCAUGGCCACGACCAUCCCCAUGAAAGUGCAGACUGGUUUGGCGAUUGCUGUGGUAUCAAGGUACCCAGUACCGUGGCCGCAGGCGCGGAGAUGCGUAAGCGCAUGGGUGGAUCAAACCUACGCCCAAUUCCCUUUGACUAA